AUGGUCCCGUCGUCUGCGAUCUACGUGGGGGCCGGGCCACACUGGGAAUGUGAGGAAGUUGCAGCUGGAGGGAAGACGGAUCUCCCUGAUCGAUGUGUCAUCUUUCUCCCCAAUCUCUUUUUGGUGUGCAAAACUAUGUUUCUUGAGGUCUGUGAUACGGUGGCCGAGACCACAACAGUCAAUUUGACGGAUCUGGAUACAAUUAAGAUUCUCCUCCAAGGCCCUGGUCAUGAAAGUAGCAGAUAUACUCUGUCUUGGAAUCCUCGGAGUCAUAUGCUUAUCAAUAUUCACGAUCUCAAUAUUACCCUCCGCCUUCCACUGGCUUUCUAUAAAGCGCUUGAGGGUCGCGAAACAUCGGCAUCAGGAAACGAUAAUUCCACAAACGCGUCAUCAACAGCAGACUCCACUUGGUUUGGUACGUGGCAGGCGAUCUGUGAACUGAGGCAACUGCGUAGACUGAACAUCUGGCUAGACCACGACGGCCAAUCCUCAUGGUCUUUCGUGAAGGAGCGCUUGGUUCUAAAAAGCCUUUCCAAUGUCCUCGAAGCGCGUCUGAAAUCCGGAUCAUCAAGCAGUGCCAUUGAAGUUAACCUCAAUAUCCCGAAGUUACACCCACGCAUAUCCUCCUCUGCAACUCAUUUCUCGGAGGAGAGCGAGCUGCCACCAUUUAAAGUCGAAAGGAGGUUUCGCCAACGUUAUCACAGCGAGGAGUGGGCACCAGGACAAUUUCAAGACACAUACAAACCCGACUUCCCUAUCUUGUGGGAGAUGUGUGGGUUGGAAGACUUUGGGAUGAUGACCUUCGAGGAAGUUGAGGCUUAUGAGAAAGAACUCUGGGAUCGGGGUGAUAACGUAGAAAAGUAUGCGCUUCAAUUAUUUGGGCUGGAGAAUGUGGAUUACGAUGCCAUGUGA